GUCUUGUAUAGACUCUGAAAUCGUGAAAUGGUACAAAGACUCUUAAUCAUUUAGCGGGUUUAACUAUUAAAAGCCUCUAGCUCCUCUAGAAGGUUCUAUUGUUCCUUCCUUGGUAAACGUUUCAGUUUCACACACUCUCAUCUGAAAAAAAAAAAUACAGAUGAGAUUGACCAAAACAAGCCCUAGCUUAAGCUCAAUCUCCGCCGCCGAUAUUCUCACGCCGGUAUGAUUCGAACAACAUUCGCGACCGCCAUCGCUCAUUUCCACACGCAUUCUCAUGGAGGAGCUCAAGCUCGUCCUCUACAGAACAACACACGAGAAGUAAUCCAUUGUCCUGAAGCUUGGUUAGUCAAAAUCGUAUCUACUUUGUUCGUGUACAGAGUUCCAGAUUCAGAUCUCUGUUUCUGUUACUUAAGCAAGAAUCUAAAUCCGUUUAUCUCCUUUGAGGUUGUGAAGAAAUUGGAUAACAAUCCUCACAUAGGGUUUCGAUUUUGGGAGUUUAGUAGAUUCAAAUUGAACAUUCGUCAUUCGUUUUGGACUUAUAAUUUGCUAACGAGAUCUCUUUGUAAAGCCGGUUUGCACGAUUUAGCCGGUCAGAUGUUUGAGUGUAUGAAGAGCGAUGGGGUUUCUCCGAAUAAUCGGUUAUUAGGGUUCUUAGUGUCUUCGUUUGCUGAGAAAGGUAAGCUCCAUUUCGCUACUGCGUUGCUUCUUCAGUCUUUUGAGGUUGAAGGAUGUUGUAUGGUGGUGAAUAGUUUGUUGAAUACUUUGGUGAAGUUGGAUCGUGUGGAAGAUGCGAUGAAGCUUUUUGAUGAACAUUUGAGAUUUCAGUCUUGUAAUGAUACAAAGACGUUUAACAUUUUGAUUCGAGGUUUGUGCGGCGUAGGGAAAGCGGAGAAAGCGUUAGAGCUUUUGGGUGUGAUGAGUGGUUUUGGUUGUGAGCCUGACAUUGUUACGUAUAAUACUCUUAUUCAGGGGUUUUGCAAGAGUAAUGAGUUGAACAAAGCGAGUGAGAUGUUUAAAGAUGUUAAGUCGGGUAGUGUUUGCUCUCCUGAUGUUGUUACAUAUACUUCGAUGAUCUCAGGGUACUGCAAAGCUGGGAAGAUGCGUGAAGCGUCGAGUUUGUUAGAUGAUAUGCUUCGUUUGGGGAUAUAUCCAACUAAUGUGACUUUUAAUGUCCUCGUUGAUGGUUAUGCGAAAGCUGGUGAGAUGCUUACUGCUGAAGAAAUUCGUGGGAAAAUGAUUUCUUUUGGCUGUUUCCCGGAUGUAGUGACGUUUACUUCCUUAAUUGAUGGAUAUUGUAGAGUAGGACAAGUGAGCCAAGGUUUUAGGCUUUGGGAAGAAAUGAAUGCCAGAGGAAUGUUUCCUAAUGCAUUUACCUAUUCUAUUCUUAUCAAUGCGCUCUGUAACGAGAAUAGGCUGCUCAAGGCUCGUGAACUUCUGGGGCAGUUAGCUAGUAAGGACAUUAUUCCACAACCAUUUAUGUACAACCCUGUCAUUGAUGGGUUUUGUAAAGCUGGAAAGGUCAAUGAGGCAAAUGUUAUUGUGGAAGAGAUGGAGAAGAAGAAAUGCAAACCAGAUAAGAUCACAUUUACGAUUCUUAUAAUCGGGCAUUGCAUGAAAGGAAGGAUGUUUGAAGCAGUUAGCAUUUUCCACAAAAUGGUUGCGAUAGGUUGUUCACCGGAUAAGAUUACUGUGAGUUCUUUGUUAUCUUGUCUUCUUAAGGCUGGUAUGGCUAAGGAGGCCUAUCACUUAAACCAGAUAGCACGUAAAGGCCAAAGUAAUAACGUGGUACCUCUAGAGACGAAAACCGCAAAUGCGACUCUGGCUGCCUGCUAGGCUUUCUAUAUAAUAUAUCUGUGCAUCGGCCUUUCAACCACCGUACAUUCUCUACACAUUGCUAGGCGUAGCUGGAAGCAGAGCAGACAAAAACAGUCAAAAACUCACAGUAAGCAACUGUUCACAUUACACUUUCAAUUGCUCUGGUAGAUUCAUUAGAUCCUAAUUCUCUUUUGAAGAUUGAAAUAAAGAUGUAAUUGCAUAAAUAUAAGUUUGUGAAAUGAUAGAAUAUGUUUAUAUCACUCUUAGUUAGCUAGUUCGCAGGCUUCUGAUGCUUGUUGUGUCAAUUUUGACUCUCUUGUUCAGGCUAUUCUACUUCCAGAGAUCACAAUUCAGUGUAAACUCUGCUGAGAGAAUGAAACCAAAAUAGCUCAUCUGCAAGAACAGGGAUAUUCAGUUGCUUAAAAGCUUAGAAAAAAAUAUGUAGAAAUAGAUUAUAGGUCUUAAGUUCAUUGCCUAAGGAUAAGAAGAACUGGUUAAUCCGAGUGUUUUUUUGAGGGAACCAGAUUGGUUUCAUGAGUCUUGUAAAUCCGUCUGUGAGUCUUCUGUUUGAGCUUUUGGCAAGGCUGGACAUAUAGUGUUUCUUCUUAUGGUGGCAAUUCAUUUCCAUGUUGAAUACUAGUCGACAUCAACCUUUCGAUCAAAAUCCUUUAAGAUGGAGGAAAAAAAUGUCGCUA